CAGACUUUGUAGGGGUUACCUGGCUAAGGGCAGUGGCAGCGGCGGCGGCGGCGGCAGCAGCAACAAGGCUCCGGGGAUAACUCAGACAUAGUUUGACAUUAUGGGUCCUCCUCUGAAGCUCUUCAAAAACCAGAAGUACCAGGAACUGAAGCAGGAAUGCAUCAGGGAUGGUAGACUUUUCUGUGAUCCAACCUUUUUGCCUGAGAAUGAUUCACUUUUCUACAACCGACUGCUUCCUGGGAAGGUGGUGUGGAAACGUCCCCAGGACAUCUGCGAUGACCCCCGUCUGAUUGUGGGCCAUAUCAGCAACCACCAGCUGACCCAAGGGAGACUGGGGCACAAGCCAAUGGUCUCUGCGUUUUCCUGUUUGGCUGUUCAGGAGUCUCACUGGACAAAGACAAUUCCCAACCAUAAGGAACAGGAAUGGGACCCUCGAAAACUAGAUAAAUAUGCUGGGAUAUUUCGCUUCCGUUUCUGGCAUUUUGGAGAAUGGACCGAGGUGGUGAUUGAUGACUUGCUGCCCACCAUCAAUGGAGAUCUCGUUUUCUCCUUCUCCACCUCCAUGAAUGAGUUUUGGAAUGCUCUGUUGGAAAAAGCUUAUGCCAAGCUGCUUGGCUGUUAUGAAGCCCUCGAUGGUCUGACCACUACUGAUAUCAUCGUGGACUUCACUGGCACAUUGGCUGAAACUGUUGACAUGCAGAAGGGAAGAUACACUGAGCUCGUUGAGGAGAAGUACAAGCUGUUUGGAGAACUGUACAAAACAUUUACCAAAGGAGGUCUGAUCUGUUGCUCCAUUGAGUUUCCCAAUCAGGAGGAACAAGAAGUUGAAACUGAUUGGGGUCUACUGAAGGGCCAUACGUACACCAUGACUGAUAUUCGCAAGAUUCGUCUUGGAGAAAGACUCGUGGAGGUCUUCAGUACUGAGAAGCUGUACAUGAUUCGUCUGAGGAACCCCUUGGGAAGACAAGAAUGGAGUGGGCCCUGGAGUGAGAUCUCUGAAGAGUGGCAGCAACUGACUGCAGCAGAUCGCAAGAACCUGGGGCUUGUUAUGUCUGAUGAUGGAGAGUUUUGGAUGAGCCUGGAGGACUUUUGCCGCAACUUCCAUGAACUGAAUGUCUGCCGCAAUGUGAACAACCCUAUUUUUGGCCGCAAGGAGCUGGAAUCGGUGGUGGGAUGCUGGACUGUGGAUGAUGAUCCCCUGAUGAACCGUUCAGGAGGCUGCUAUAACAACCGUGAUACCUUCCUGCAGAAUCCCCAGUACAUCUUCACUGUGCCCGAGGAUGGGCACAAGGUCAUCAUGUCUCUGCAGCAAAAGGACCUGCGCACUUACCGCCGCAUGGGAAGACCCGACAAUUACAUCAUCGGCUUUGAGCUCUUCAAGGUGGAGAUGAACCGCAAAUUCCGCCUCCACCACCUGUACAUCCAGGAGCGCGCGGGGACCUCCACUUAUAUUGACACGCGCACCGUGUUUCUGAGCAAGUACCUGAAGAAGGGCAACUACGUGCUUGUCCCAACUAUGUUCCAGCACGGCCGCACCAGCGAGUUUCUCUUGAGAAUCUUCUCUGAAGUGCCUGUCCAGCUCAGGGAGCUGACUCUGGACAUGCCCAAGAUGUCCUGCUGGAAUCUGGCUCGUGGCUACCCCAAGGUUGUCACCCAGAUCACAGUGCAUAGUGCCGAGGGCCUGGAGAAGAAGUAUGCCAAUGAAACUGUAAACCCAUAUUUGGUCAUCAAGUGUGGAAAGGAGGAAGUCCGUUCUCCUGUCCAAAAGAAUACUGUUCAUGCCAUUUUUGACACCCAGGCCAUUUUCUACAGAAGGACCACUGACAUUCCUAUUAUAGUGCAGGUCUGGAACAGACGAAAGUUCUGUGAUCAGUUCUUGGGGCAGGUUACUCUGGAUGCUGACCCCAGUGACUGCCGUGAUCUGAAGUCCCUGUACCUGCGUAAGAAGGGUGGCCCAACUGCCAAAGUUAAACAAGGCCACAUCAGCUUCAAGGUUAUUUCCAGUGAUGAUCUCACUGAGCUCUAAAUCUCCAGCUCCAGGGAAUCCUGACAGAGCUUUCCCAUCCUUUUAUUUUCUGUCAGAUGCUAGAUCUUA